AUCGAGUAUAUAUAUUAAUGAUGCAGAUGAUCAGUUGAGUUGAUAGUCAUUGUAUUUUGUAGCUAGCCAUCAUAGAUGCAUAUAUACUCCAUGGAUCUGAUAAUGUAUGCGGCCAUCAUGAUGACGCCAAUUCUAUCCAUAUCUUUACUUAAUAAUGUCCUUGCAUUGCGUAGAAUAUACUAUUAUUGCCAUUCUAUCUUUUUUCUUUUUACAAUUAUCCUUCAUGGCCAUGCACAUGCCCAUGAUUUUAAAACUCCUAAAAACACAUCCAUCACAUCCAUUUUUAUAUUUGGAGACUCAACCGUUGAUCCUGGGAAUAAUGACUAUGUCAAAACCCUUUUUAGAAGUAAUUUUCUUCCUUAUGGUAUUGAUUUUCCCAAUCAUACACCUACCGGAAGAUUCACUAAUGGAAGACUUCCCACUGAUUUUAUAGCUUCAUACGCAGGAGUGAAAGAAUACGUGCCAGCUUAUUUAGAUCCGAAUCUAAGAUUGAAAGAUCUUAUGACCGGCGUUAGCUUUGCCUCAGCUGGUACUGGUUAUGAUCCUACUACUGCACUAAAAAAUAAGGUAAUUGAUUUGACAACGCAAGUGCAAUACUUUGAUGAAUAUAAGAAAAAAGUUGAACAUUUGAUUGGGAAGAAGGAAAUGGAGAAAAUUGUGAGCAAUGCAGCAUUUAUCAUUAGUUGUGGCACAAAUGAUAUAGUUUAUACGUAUGGACUAGUACCAUAUUUAUCUUUAGUGUCUGAUUCUAUCUCGCCAUACCUACGUUUUAUGAUAAAACAAAGCAAAUGGUUGAUACAGGAACUGAUAGAUCGAGGCGCAAAAAGAAUUGGAGUAGUAGGUUUACCACCCGUAGGUUGCCUACCAGCAAUAAUAACCCUUCAUACAUCUCCACAUCAACCACGUAUUUGUAUUGAAUCCUUGUCAUCAAUUGCAUUACAGUUCAACGAAAUGUUAGAACGUGAAUUGAAUAACAUGCAGCAGCAAUCAACACUAACUAUUAUUUAUGGGGACAUCUAUACACCUUUACAAGACCAAUUCAUCCAUCCACAUAAAUAUGGUUUUGAGGUUGCUGAUAGAGGGUGUUGUGGAAGUGGGUUAUUUGAAGGAGCCAUAACUUGUAACUCAUUGUUUCCAAUAUGCAAUGACCGCUCCAAAUAUCUAUUUUGGGAUUCAAUACAUCCAACCGAAAGAUCAUAUUACUUUCUUUUUGAAGCUCUUCGUCCUGUUAUCGAUUUUGUUAUCAACACCCCUUGAAAAAACAUUUAAUAAUCAUAUAUUAAAAAAAAAUUACAUGCUCGAUUAAAGUAGAUAUUAAAUUCAUAAUGUAAGUGACAUAGCUUUUUUUACAGUCGUUUAUGCUUACCAAAGUAAUUUACAACUACUCCUAAAUAUAAUACAACUAAGUAAUAUAAUAGUAAGCAGAGGUUCGAUCCACAGAGAAAAUAGGAACUUCAAUUGAUUUAGGUGUAUUUUCUUAGAUAUGAACAAUAAUAUAAGGAGGGUUAAGUGUAGUGAUGAGCAAACUUGUUUAAAUUGACUAAAAACAACUAAUAAAGAUUAUGAGGUUAUAAACAGAUAAAAGCAAUUCUUGAGUUCUUGUUAGUAUUCCAACUUCACACAUUAAUUUUCAAUCUUCCCAAAUCAACACAAUCAACUAGUUUAUUAAAAGGAAAAACAUCCUUAAUCUUGAUUCAUAAAUGUAUAAGUGAAAAGCAUCAAGUAUACAUCAUAACAAGUCAAUAAACUUAUGGAAUUGUAAACUAAAGCAAGAUUACAAUUAACCAAAAUGAUAAUCCUUCUCAAACAACAUAUAAACUAAAGUAAUUAUAAGUUAUUCAAGUUGCCACCAUACUUAAAUUAGAUAAAGCAAUCCAAUUCAAUAGCAUGUGAAUAAGCAAUUAGAAAACCUAUUUGCAACUAAGCAUUCCAUUUAAACCAAUUCAAUUCAUAUUCAAAAGCGAAAAGAUUAUCAAAGAUGAUUGUAUUAAUAAAAAGGGAAAGACUAACAAUUAAUGGCAAAAGAGGAUACUAAUUUUCCUCAAGAUGAAAACCUUAGCGAACAACGGCCAUCUCUAUCAAAAGUAUGAGAAAGAAUGAGUUUAAAGAUUUUCCUAAAUUACAACCCUAAUACAAUUUCAGCAAAAGUUUUUUUUAAACUCUCUCCUAAAACUAUUACAAUCCAUCCCUUAAAUACUAGUUUGCAAACAUUUACUUAAUUGACAGGAGAAGAGAAGACAUCAUUACUCUGAUUCGAGCCAUCUUCUUCGUCAACCUUGCUGCCUUUUGCAUCCAAUCAACUUCAGAAGUAAAAUGUGAAAGCAACAAGUUUUAAAAGUCGAGGCGCUCAGGUUGCGGGCCGCGACUAAACUCGCGAGCCACGAGUUGCUGCUGAUUUGCUUUCUGCUUCAAUUCUUUCCCUCUUUCUUGUUUCUAAUACUACUACUACUAAUAAUAAAG